AUGUGGGAACUGCGGUCUGCCUCCUUCUGGAGGGCCAUAUUUGCCGAGUUCUUUGCUACCCUCUUCUACGUCUUCUUUGGGCUGGGGGCCUCACUACGUUGGACCCCUGGACCCCUGCAUGUCCUGCAGGUGGCCCUGGCUUUUGGUCUGGCCCUGGCUACACUGGUGCAAGCAGUGGGCCACAUUAGUGGAGCCCAUGUCAAUCCUGCAGUCACUUUUGCCUUCCUUGUGGGCUCCCAGAUGUCCCUGCUCCGCGCCUUCUGCUAUAUGGCAGCCCAACUCCUGGGAGCCGUGGCUGGGGCCGCUGUGCUGUAUAGUGUCACCCCGCCUGCUGUCCGAGGAAACCUAGCACUCAACACGCUGCACCCUGGGGUGAGUGUGAGCCAGGCCACCACAGUGGAGAUCUUCCUGACGCUCCAGUUCGUGCUCUGCAUCUUUGCCACAUACGACGAGAGGCGAAAUGGCCGCCUGGGCUCCGUGGCCCUGGCCGUUGGCUUCUCCCUCACUCUGGGGCACCUCUUUGGGAUGUAUUAUACUGGUGCAGGCAUGAAUCCUGCCCGUUCCUUUGCUCCUGCCAUUCUCACCAGGAACUUCACCAACCACUGGGUAUACUGGGUGGGCCCGAUCAUUGGAGGGGGUCUGGGCAGCCUUCUCUACGACUUUCUUCUCUUCCCCCGGCUCAAGAGUGUUUCUGAGAGACUGUCUAUCCUCAAGGGUGUCAGACCCAGUGACUCCAAUGGACAACCAGAGGGCACAGGGGAACCUGUUGAACUGAAGACCCAGGCUCUGUAAAAGCUCCAGAUGGAGUGAGGGAGUAGAAAGCUUCUGGGUUUCUGUGGAGGGGCUGAGACAGCCCCUAGUUGAAGAAAAAAACUGUGGGGAGGGGCAUGUACUUCUUUAUUUUUUAACUUAUGUGUGUUUUUUUUUUUUCUUUUGCUGUGUGAAAUCUUUCAAGUUGCAUUCAUGAGCUGGUUGGUGCAAACUUCCCUUCCUCCCCAUCCCACUUCCCUUCGCCGUGUGUGUGCAUGAUUGUGUGUAUGAAUGUAGGUGAGUGUGACUGUGUCUGAGUUUUGGGGCAUGAGAGCUAGGUAAGGGAAAAGGUGUCAACGUAUAUGUCCUUCCCCCCAGCCUGGUGUGAUGAGUACAGGGAACCGACCUUAAUUUCUGGCCUUUACCCUGCUUGCAGUCAAAUGUAUGGCUCUUGAUUUCUGAGGGAACAGGUAAGCAGAGAGAUUACUCCUCCCAGAGACAGAUGGAGAAAGUAGACAGGGUAUUCCAAGGGUUGGGAGAAAGGACUCAAGGUAGGUGGGUAGGAGAGGAAAUGGAGGUAUUAGCCCCAGAUCACUAUGCAAGUUUACCUAAAAGUUUUAAUGAAGAUAAUAGGAGAAUGUAGCUUACUUAUCUCAGGGAUGCUGCCCCAGGGACUUGGGUGGGGAAGUAGCUCUGAGAAAAGUGAACACUGGGACUUGGACUGUUCUG